AAACAAUUUUCAUAGAAACAGAUAUGUAAGCCGUCUUCGAAAAAACAUUUGCCAUAUCCUAUGUAGCAGACUGCUGACGACUACAUGUUUCGCAUCUUUAUUAUAAGUGUAUAAACUAAAAUGGCAGAUAAAGAACAAGUUAUCCAAGCUUUAAGAGCUACACUUAUAUCAGUGAAAGGGGCUUUAACAGUUAAACAAUGCAACCGUGAUUAUCGUGAACUACAAGGAGAAUGGAUUCCAUAUAAAAAAUUGGGCUAUCCAACACUAGAAAAACUUUUUCAAGAUGUUCCCGGAUUUAAAAUUACACAAAUAAAUGGAGAUUGGGUUGUUGAUGCUAUUGCAAGCCAGGAAACACAACACAUAGCUUCUAUGGUGUCACGUCAGAAGUCAAAUAAAAAACACAAUUUGAAAUUAAACUAUCAAAAUCGGAUACCAAAAAAACAAGGAUCUUGGAGAAAACCAACUUCAUCAUCUUAUUAUUCGUCAAACUACAGUAAUCAAUAUUCAAAUCAGUUAUAUCGGGCAAAAUCGAAUACACCAUUUAUUAACAACAACUACAACAACAACAAGAGUAAUAAGUACAAUAAGACUUAUGAUACCAAAACUUCAUAUCAGAGUGUGAAAAAUUACAAAGUAUCAAUUGAAAAUCAAGACAAAAAUGUUAUAAAUACGUCGAAACGAUUAAACCCAACUUCGCAAAUUACAAGGGACACUGAAGAACAAAAACAUUCCAUUAAAAAUGAAAAAGAGACUGAUGGAAGAGGUGGUGGCAAAAUUUCGGCGUCACAACGGUUGUCUAAUUUACGCGACAGACUUAAUACAGUUGACUUGAUACCCUUGCAACUUCCAGCUCACAAUGAUUAUACAGAAAUCAGUGAUCUUGUGACUCAUGUAGCACCUGCUCAUACGUUGGAGCCUCCGCCAGAUUCGACAUCUUCGAUUGAAAAACUGGAAUGGACUUGUCGCAAGUUAGGGCUGCCUCAGCCGACGUACACGGUUCUCGACUUACGACCCAAGCGUGGCCCUGCCUGUUUCCACUGUUCAAUCAAGGUGGGCGGGUCGUACACUGUGUCGUCGUACCCGGACUCAUCGUCUCCUUCAGAGGAGCUGGCCAAGGAGCUGGCGGCCGUAAAGCUGCUGGCUGUCAUCGAGAGCUCGGAGAUGGAGGGGCUGCCCACGUCGAGCCCGACGGGCGCGCUGCAGGCGCUGGUCGCGCUGGUGGCCGACAGCGAGGCCGGCAUCUGGGCCACGCACGUGCCGCAUCUCUACAGAGAGAAAUAUAAUGAAAAUUUACCAAACAACUGGCUGGAGUUGGUGGAAAACUGUCCCCUUAUACUAAAGGAUAGGCUGGUCAGUGGAUUGGUUCUUUUACCCAACAAUGAGGACGUAAAAUCGCUAUUAAUCGAGUCUAUAUCUUUUGAAGAAACGAUCGACAGUGAUUUACCACCAUUGCAAUUUCCAGAGGAUGACUAUUGGAAUGUAUUCAUUACCGUAGCGAAUUCAACCCUCGAAGUGUGGCUCAGGAUAAUCGGCCUUCAAUAUAGUGAUGCUUUCGAAGUUCUUCUAGCCGAUAUGGUUGAAUAUUAUGAUCAUGGUGGUACCACAGUGGACAAAUCUAUGAUUAUAAAAAAUGCCUGGUAUGCAGUAAAACUGGAUGACGGUGGAUGGCAACGAGCGAAAAUAAUAGAAAUCGAAGACGACAAAGCGACCGUUUUUCUUGGAGAUCAUGGGGACGACGAUUCCGUUCAUUUUAGCAACAUAAAAAUUCUCGAAACACAAUUCCGCAAACUGCCUGCGCAGGCGGUCCUGUGCCGGCUGGAGGGCGCAGAGGAGUUGGCGGCGAGCGAGACGGGCGCGGCGCUGGUGCGGCGCCGCCUGCUCGGGGAGGUCAUGGUGGCCAUGCCCGGCCCGCGCACCGACCCCUCCGACCCCUCCGUGGCCGUCGUGCUCUACGACACGUCCACGCCGCGAGACCUGAACCUCAACAAGGAGAUCGUGCACGACUUCUGCAUCGCCGGCGCCUUCUCGCUCACGCAGAAGCUGUGCGCGGUGGAGGUGGGCUGCGUGACGGAGGAGGGGCGCGUGUGGGUGUCGCGCGCGGGCGGCGCCGACACGGUGCGCGCGGCGCUGGCGCUGCUGACGGCCGGCCCCUACCGCCGCCCGCUGCCCGCCGCGCCGCACGCGCCGCCCACGCAGCCCAACGCGCUCUACAUCGUGCGCACGCUCGCCGGAGACUGGGUACGCUGUAUUAUCAUCAGCGGCCUAGACGGUGAGGGCACAGUGCGCACGCAGCUCGUGGACAGCGGGCUCAUCUUGCGUGCGCCGCUCUCCUCCCUCGUGCCGUUGAACGCCUUCUCGCCGGCGCUCGACGCCUACCCCUACCAGGCGGUGCAAGUGCGAUUGGGUGCGGCGGAGCGUGUGGCGAGCAGCAUGGUGCAGCGCCUGCGCGAGUUGCUGCUGGGCGCUCCCGUGCUGUGCCGCGCGCUGCCCGCGUCUACACCCACCACUCCUACUGCAGGCGGCCCGGCGGGCGCGCCAGCGCAGCACGUCGAGUUGUUCGCGCGCUCGGGGCCUGAAAAUUUCCUCGUUCCCGUCAACAUUUCGAUACUCAUGGAGUACGAGUAUCUGCAACUCGCAAACCCGAAGGAGGAGGAGAAGGAGUCGUCGAAGCAUCUCGAGGAGCUGCAUAAGAAAAAGGAGCGCAUCUUCGGCGCGGCGUCGACGGGCGCGGACGCGCGCGAGGCCCGCGAGCUGCGCGACGCGCGCGCCGCGCUGCCCCCGCCCGCGCUGCCCCCGCCCGCGCUGCCCGCGCCCGGCAAGCGCUUCGACGUGUUCGUCUCCAUGGCCGCCAACCCCUGGAACUUUGUCGUUCAGCCGAACAGUACCAGACCUACGCUGCUAACGAUGAUGGCGUCGUUGCAAGUGGAGUGCCCGAAAAUACCCGAAUCCGAAGCACCGGCCAAACCGGCAAGCGGACAACUUUAUACGGCAUAUUACGAUAAGGAUGAAUCUUGGUACAGGGUCGUGGUGGCGAAUGCAGUGUCUACGGAGAUGGUGUCGGUGUAUUUCUGCGACUUCGGCGACCUGACGCUGUUCAGCACCAAGUCGCUGCGGCCCGUGCCGGCCGCCGUGCCGCUCGCGCGCUCGUUGCCGCCGCAGGCCAUCAAGGCGCGUCUCUACGAUGUAAAACCUCUUCAUCAAGACUGGACUGUUGAUGAUUGUAUUAGAUUUCAAGACUUAUGUGUGGAGCAACAAUUUGUCGGCGUUUGUAAGGAAGUUGGCAAAGAUCCGAUAAACCCUACUGAACCUUUACUCAUCCUUGACCUGAUAGAUACCUCCACAGACGAAGAUAUUUAUAUAAACAAACAAUUAGUCACUGAAGAUAGAGCACGACUAGCUUCAGCUUCUUAAAUAUCGUCGUUUCAAUCCAACAUAUAUAUAAAUAUAUUGAUAACCCACAGAUAAAAUUUACUAAAAAAAUAUUUUUUCUCUCCCUUUAUAUGUUUACAUGAUAUAUCCUCGUAGUUAAGAAGUGGAUCUUAAUUGUUUAUAAAUACUUCGGUAAUGAUUGUUUUUUCGUUGAUCUAAUUUGAGUUUUAUUUUCCGUCAAUUCUUUAUAAUUUUCUAAAUGGUAUGGUAAUAUAUCAUUUAUACGCUGUGAAUUUAUAAAAUACUUUACUAAAAUAUCAACAAUAAAAAAAUAUAAACCGCUUACUGUGCAGUUAAAACAAAAAUUGUCUUAUCGCUAUGUUUAUGCGUGUAGUGAAUAUUGACAAUUUACUAAUUUUCAUAUGAAUGCAUUUAUUAUGACUGAAGAAAGUCACUCAUUUUUUUUUCCUUACACAAGUAUGACUGUACAGAUCUGAUCUCAUUUGUAUUUUGAUUCUUUAAAAAAAAUUUACACAUUUAAUUUAAGUCAGUCCAUGAACUUCCAUUUAUUUGAUUUUGUCUAAUCUUUUAAAUAUAAAGGAAGAAUUUUAUCAAAUUUUUUGCUUCUUAAAAUAGUCAUUAGCGAGAUAAAUCUCAUAUUUGUUACUAUUUAAAGAUACCUUGUUAUGUGAUAUUUAAGUCCCUGUUUAUAGAUUUUGUUUUAAUCUUAAUCCUUGUUAAUUUAAAAAUUUAUAAAAAAAGAAAA